AUGACCAGUUCAAUGAAUUCAACUAGCAGCAAUGAUAAUUUGGAAACGUAUAGCAUAUUCUGGUUAGAUGCUUCAGUCAAUAAUGAAGAAAAUAUUACGGCUCAAAAGAAAUUACGAAGCAUUAUUAAUCAAUUACGGACGUUUGUCGAUCCUGAAGACUUUUUAGAUCAUGUUUGUUAUAUUCAACAAGGCGAUCUUACAAUCUUGAUUGUAAGCGGUCAAAUGGGUCGCAUUGUCGUGCCCGAAAUGCAAAAAUUGGCUCAGGUAUCGUCAAUAUACGUAUAUUGUUUUGACAAAGAGGCUAAUUUACAAUGGAGCCAACCAUAUAAGAAAGUAAAAGCUGUGUGCACCAAACUAGAUGAAUUGAUCGAUAUAAUUCGAGUCGAUCAAAAGAAUCGCGGCCGAAACGAAGAAGCUUUGGCCAUGGAUAUUUUGGAUCGUAGUUCAACAGAGUUGAACGAAGAGAAGAAGUAUUUUGAAGCGCUCGACUUCUAUGAGAAGUCACUUGCUAUUCACGAGAAGCAUCUACCACCGGAUCAUCCUGAUUUGGGUGGAUCGUACAACAAUAUUGGCGUUGUUCAUCGACGUCUCGGUCAUUAUGAUCUCGCAUUGGAUCAUUACAAUCGAUCACUUAAAAUCAAAUUGAAGUCACUUCCUGGUCAACAUCCAGAUAUUGCAAUGACCUACUUAAACAUGGGUGUUGUGUAUGCAUACAAGAAUGAAUUAGAACAGGCAUUGAUAUAUAUGAAGAGGGCUCAGACAAUCUAUGAAGUAGCAUUACCAUUUAAUCAUCCUGAUAUAGUAAAGAUAAAGGAUGAUGUUAACAGAGUAGAAGAUAAUUUUUAA